AUGGCUAUCAACGUUGGUAUUAACGGUUUCGGUAGAAUCGGUAGAUUGGUGAUGAGAAUUGCCUUGGGCAGAAAGGACAUUAACGUCGUUGCCAUCAACGAUCCUUUCAUCUCUCCUGACUACGCUGCUUACAUGUUCAAGUACGACUCCACCCACGGUAGAUACAAGGGUGAAGUUACCUCUGAAGGUGACAACUUGGUUAUCGACGGCCACAAGAUCAAGGUUUUCCAAGAACGUGACCCUGCUCAAAUCCCAUGGGGUAAGUCUGGUGUCGAUUUCGUUAUCGAAUCCACCGGUGUUUUCACCACCCUCGAAGGUGCUAACAAGCACAUCCAAGGUGGUGCCAAGAAGGUUCUUAUUACUGCUCCUUCUGCUGACGCUCCAAUGUUCGUUGUUGGUGUCAACGCUGACAAGUACACUUCUGACUUGAACAUUGUCUCCAAUGCUUCUUGUACCACUAACUGUUUGGCUCCAUUGGCCAAGGUUAUUAACGACACUUUCGGAAUUGAAGAAGGUUUGAUGACCACUGUCCACUCCAUCACUGCCACUCAAAAGACUGUCGAUGGUCCAUCCCACAAGGACUGGAGAGGUGGUCGUACCGCUUCCGGUAACAUCAUCCCAUCUUCCACCGGUGCUGCUAAGGCUGUCGGUAAGGUUAUUCCAGAAUUGAACGGUAAGUUGACCGGUAUGUCUUUGAGAGUUCCAACCACCGAUGUUUCCGUUGUUGACUUGACUGUUAGAUUGUCCAAGCCAACCACUUACGCUGAAAUCACUUCUGCUGUCAAGGCUGCUUCCGAAGGUGCCUUGAAGGGUGUCUUGGGUUACACUGAAGAUGCUGUUGUCUCUACUGAUUUCUUGACCUCUUCCGAAUCUUCCAUCUUUGAUGCUAAGGCCGGUAUCUUGUUGUCUCCUACUUUCGUCAAGUUGAUCUCUUGGUACGAUAACGAAUACGGUUACUCCACCAGAGUCGUUGACUUGUUGGAAUUGAUCGCCAAGAAAUAA